AUGCUUGUAAACGUACUCAUUAGUGGAUUAUUGGCAACUGCUUGGGCUCUUCCAGCUCGUAAGGAUGGAUCGGAGGUGAACCAUGAGGUUGAAAAAGCUCCUCCUGGAUUAUCAUGGGAAGAAUGGCAUAUGCAACACGAGCAUCAAACUGAGAAGUAUGAUCCUGAAACGUUCUUUGGGCUUCACGAUAUUGGUCAGAAAGGGUAUUUCGACAAAGACGACAUAUUGAGCAUGUACGGGCUUAGCCGUUCGGAAAUUGUCGGUAGCGGUGAUGGAAUGGGGAAGCACGAUAAUUCUGAACAAGUCGAUGAGGAAAUGUCAGAGAGAGUUUUCAAUCUGAUCAUGCGCCUCCUGGAUGUAGACGAUGACAGCAAGAUUGAUAAGAAGGAGUAUUUGAAGUUCGCAAAGAAAGGAAACAAAUUGCCAGAUCUAGGAGUUGGUGUUGGCCAUCAUUCAGAUUUCGAACUGGAAUAUGAACUUCAUCAUUGGAACAAAUUUCACAGAGAUCAGGAUCCAUCUGUGAGAAAUGUGCAUCGCGAAGAUAUUGAACACGAUUUGCUACAUCAUGAGCAUGAAAUUGAGCACGAAGAUCAGGCCCAAAGGGGUGCGUCAAGAGUUACCGUCAAGACCGAUGAUGAGCUGGAAGCCAUGAUCAAGCUUGAAAAGAUUCCAACCAAAUUCAGGAAAACCUUUUAG